AUGCCCAAUCGUCCAAACUCCGGCAGUGCUCGGACCCCCACCGACCCCAAGCGUCCACGAGCCAGCGCAUCACAAGACCAGCAAGAUGACCCCCCACCGUGCCCCUAUCCAAGACUUGAAGCCGCGUGUCUCCCGCCUGAAGUCGUAGCAAUCCCGCACAUUCUCAAGCAGAUCGACAUCUUCCUAAUGACCGAAGACGAAGCUCUCAUCGAGGCGGCCAAGACGGGGGACGCAGAGUGGCUCGAAGAACUGCUCGAUGACGUCGGCGAAAACAGCGUGAUAGACGCCAUCGUGGAGGCCUCUGGCUGUGGCCACGCUAACUGCGUGGAAGUGCUGCUGGAAGAGUACGCGUUCCGGAACGUUAAGGCCUACACUUGCUGGGAAAAUUUACUAAAAGCGUUCGAGGAAGCCGCUACCAACAACCACCUCGAAGUCUUGAAGGUGCUGCUGUCUAAGGUCACCGCUGAUUCAAAUAGGAAGGGUAAAUUGUGUGGCGCUGCGCACGGGGCGUUGCUCAUAGCGGCAGAGCGUGGGUUUCUUGACGUGCUCAAGUACGUGGUGCAAUAUGCAAAAGAGCAUGACGAUCCUCUAUAUGAGCUGCUCUUUUGGGAUUCCACUGCAAUGGCACGGGCCAUUUCCGGCGGCCAGAAGGUCAUGAUGGAGUAUCUGCUGGGCUUGGACGAGUUCUCGUGGGAUCUGCUAGGCGCAUUCGUGGCAGCGGUGGAUGCUGGAGAUAAUUCUCUGGCUGACAGGAUGUACGAGCUGUAUAAGCUGGAGUCCAGAAAGGAAGCGUUUUUGUUCGUCUGGUAUGUUGUGGACACCUUGAUGCUGCUAAGUAUCUGUACGAGACUGAACACAAAGACCCCGAAUUGA